AUGAGUGCCCCCAAGGACCCGGUGCCGGCGGCGCCUCCGGCCCAGCCGCCUCGAAAACGGUCCCGAGACGGCUGCUAUACGUGCCGCAAACGCAAGAAGCGCUGCGACGAAACACGGCCUGUUUGUGAGUGCUGCAAACGGCUCGGAAUCGUGUGCGUGUACCCAGCUCCUGGAACAGAGUACAAGAACAAGAAACGAAAGGGUCUGCCAGACACGCACGAGCAGUUUGUGGUUGUUCCCGUGGACCAUGCGCCACCGCCUGUAGCGGGUUCUACAGAUGUGGCCCCUGUCCCCAUGCUUGAUUUCCAUCCCUACAACUUCACCAACUACGUGGAUCCCGCAGUCGAUCACCCAAUUGUGGAUAUCACCGAUCUCACAGAGGAUGAUAUCAACCAGCUGGACGUUAAUUCGUUGGUUCGAAUUCCCUCUCCGUUUGAAAUAGACGCAGACUUCAACUUGGAGUCUCUGGAGCCCUCUCUGUUUGGAGGACUCAGCACCAAAGAGAACCAGAUGCUGCAGUAUUACGAGGAAAAGCUGUCGCGAAUGAUAUGUGUGGCGUCCGAUCAAGACAACCACUUUGUUCAAAUUUUUCUUCCCAUGGCCCAUCAUAAUGCUGCUGUUCUACACAGCAUUGUAGCGUGGUCUUCUUUCCAUUCAGGCAAGGCUGAUCUUCAGGAUACAGGGAUGGCCGCGCUCGACAAGGCUGUGACCCUGACCAAGAACCAGAUCACAAACAAUACUUUUGACCACUCCACAAUCGCGGCCUUGCUGCUCUGCUGCUCGGCUGAAGUGUGUAAGGGCGACCUACGCAACUGGAAAAAGUUUCUCAACAUGUCGGCGGCCAUAAUCCGCAACUAUGGCGGUCUGUCCAAGUUUCUCAAUGACAAAAAUCUCCGCUGGAUAGCCACAAACUUUGCCUAUCAUGACCUGGUCGCUAGUAGCUCUCACCAUCGAGGACCUCUUUUUGGUCGAGCAGAAUACGAACAGCUGCUUCAGGGAGGUCAGGGUAUCGACCCACUACUGGGAAUCUGCAGAGAGCCGUACCAGAUGAUUGCCGAGGUGUCUCAAUUGGCCAACGAAUUGAGUGGCAAUGAAGAAAUGACUUCUUCGACUCUCACUACCGAAGCUAACAUUCUGCAGACUGCCCAGCGUCUCGAGCACCAGAUUCGUAUUCUCACACCCAAUCUGGCUGAUACUAUGACGCUCAGUGACGAGGAAUGUACUUUGCAUAAGCACCUGUUUGAAAUUUACCAGCUGACUGCCUUGAUUCAUCUCAAACGAACCAUCUUCAAACUGCCUUCUACUUCUCUGGAGAUGCGUGUUUGGGGCCGCAAGUUGUCGUGUCUUUUGGACCUUGUGUUGGGCUCGGCUGUUGAGGGCAAUCUUUGCUUCCCCCUGUUCAUCGCUGGUCUUAACAUCCUGCCCUCUCAGAGACACGCGUACCUGUCCAAGUUCAAGGAGUUUGCCACACGAAACAAGGCGAGAAACUUGCUGAAUAGCAUUUCAACGGUGGAAGAGUGCUGGAAGAGAGAUGCAGGGGGAGAAAAGUAUGUGGAUUACUAUGUGGUGUUGAAAGAGAAGGAUUUGGAUAUCUGUUUGGCCUAG